ACACCAUCCUUUCUCCUUUCAACUUAACAACAAUUUUAGGUCACUGUCACCAGGCAAAAGCAAAGAACUGAUCAGCUCUAAAUCUAUGCAGUCUAAGUCCAGACAUUAGCAAUGCCAGGCAAGCGUCCGAUAGCUCAGAGCAAGGUUGUCUUUAUCUCACUCCUAGUGGUGGACAUGCUCAACACCAUCCUGCAAGAGACCAUCACACUCUCCAAGGGUGAUCGAGUAGCAAGUGCCCGAGCUGCCAUCAUUGUCUUUGUUCUCUGUAUCAUUAUAUUAUUUGGCCCGUUAACGAUUGGCCAUUAUGUCUAUCUCUGCAUAGCAAGAAAAAAUCCAGUCAGUUUUAUUACAUCUCUCCUUGAAAUUAUGGGAGUGCUUUUCUUUUUCUAUGGCAACAAUAUCACAAGUAUUAUCAACAACUGGAGAAUUGAGUUAGGUUGUGACUCUCAAUGCGUCCUUGAUAAUCAAAUAGCAGCUGCUUUCUCUUUGGGAAUGUCUCUAAUCAUUUUUCAGAUAGUUCCGUCAGUUCUGAAAAAGCUGUUAAAGUUGCUGAAGAGAAAACAGCAACAUGUGAAGAAAACGAGGUCGCCUGAUUGGUACACUGCGCUUGAUUUGAUCACGAUGUUUAUCAAGAUCAACACCAUCUACUCGGCUAUUGUUGGGAUGACACAAUCCACUGAUUUCUGCAGCAGCACUGAAGUUGCUGCAAGUUCAGUUUUCCUGUCCGUUUGUGUUCUACUGGGAUUUGCUAGCGAGUUAAUCGAUUAUUUCUAUGCUUUGGACACGAAUUUAAAGAGCAACAAAGAAUACAUCGACAAGUCAUUCAAUCAAUUGGUAACUAUCGGCAUGAUUCUUAUUGUCACUAUUUGCCUUCCCUUUUAUUUACUGGCCGAUAAUUUCCAGCCUCUCGAUUGUGCGUUCAGUUGUGACACUAUUGUUGCUAAUGCGACCAUCAGCACAACCACAUGCAACCGGACGGCCAACAGUGGAGUUAGACUAGGGUUUACCCUAACCACGCUUAUUAUCGUCCUCAUCUUCUCCAGUGUUUAUUUCUAUCAUGUUCGAUUAGCUGAAAUAAAUCAAAAGAAGCUGAAGAGUAACAUUGUUAUAAUUACUGGGAAAGAAACAGUGGUGUAGAAUUUUUAAAUUUACCAUUAUAAUUAUCAAGUUGUAUUGUCAUAAUU